AUGUCAGCAAUAAGUGUCCGGAAGCACGUGAUUCAGCAGCGUGCUAGAAAUGAAGAAACAGUCGCGGUGAGAGCGAAUAUAGGGUUGGGUGGGGUGCUUGCAGGAAACAUUUUACUUGUUCCUGUACCGUUCACUGAUUAUGUUUCCGUUUAAAAGGCCCGUCUGGGUUGCGUUUUUCUUUUCGUCCUGGUCGUGUCCUUUGCCCUAGUGUCUUCGAUGCCUCAUCCUGGCGGUGGCCAUCACGAACACACACACUUCAUCAUCCACGUGCCUGAAUUGAUUCACAAACAUUACCACACGCACGUGAAGAAGAUCCAUCAUGUCAAACACGAAGAGGAGGACGAUGGACACCAGCACAUCGAAGAAUGGUGA